AAUUUCAUACGAGGAUGAUCUCUAGUAAAGUCGCGUUCGUGUUUAUUUGGGCCGUAAGUGCUACAGUUUUGGGUGCCCCUCAGCAAAAACCGCAGGGCAAGGAAGUACCCAUCAUUUCGCAGGAAAGUGACAUACAGCCCGAUGGUUCUUUUAAAUGGUCUUUUGAAGGUGGCGAUGGUACUAAAGCAGAAGCUAGCGGACAACCUAAACAGAUUGACAAAGAAACUCCAGUAGUUAUCCAAGGAUCCGCUUCCUGGACCGACGACCAAGGUGGUCAGCAUCAGCUGACUUACGUAGCUGACGAAAAUGGAUACCAGCCACAAAGUCCGGACAUUCCAGUGGCUCCGGAAAUUCCAGCUGCAAUCCAGAGGGCCCUAGAAUACAAUGCCGCCCAUCCCGAACAGGACGGAGAAAAAUAGAUUUGAUAAUGCUCAUCUUAUUUAAAUAACAUUCUUUUUCUUUUUGGAUACUUAAAUACUCAAUGUCGUAAUAAUUAUUAUUUUAUAAGGCUGGCUGUGGUAUUUAUUAUCACGCGUGUGUUCUGUUAAUAUACAAUUUUUUUUUAUUAUUUUUUACUAGUUUGGUGUAUCAUUUUUUUUUUAUGUAGGUACCUACCCUAGAUUCGCCAGGUUAAUCAAUGUUUCAACUUAUAUAAAUCUAGAAUCCAAUCUGAAAUAAAAAUGAGUAGCCGUAGUACUCGGUGCUGCCCUACAAGAACCCGUACAAAUCAUUUCACAAAGCAAUGACGUUCAUCCAGAUGGAACUUUCCAAUGGGGCUUCGAAUCUGAUGACGGUACUUCUCAACAUCAAUCUGGACACCCCGUAGGAUCUGGAGAUGCUGUAGGUGAAGCUGUCGAAGGAUCCGCUGCCUGGGUCGACAAAGAAGGUCAAAAGCAUGAACUUACCUACACUGCUGACGAAAACGGAUACCAACCGCAAAGUGCUGACUUGCCAGUAGCUCCUGAAAUCCCUGCCGCGAUCCAAGAAUCUGUGGAAUGGAAUAUGGCCCAUCCAGAACCUGAACAACACUGAGGCAGAGUUGCAAGAUAGAUAGCGA